AUGGAGGUUCCUUAUGAAGCAUUUAGCAAUGGUGAAGCAGCAAAAUCCAAUCUUCAAAUCAUUAGAUACUCUCCGUUCAAACCCUGCACCAAAUUCAUUUCACCAUGGUUUGAUUUGAGAGUCUUUUAUGUCAGGAUCAGUAAUUUCCAGGUCGAUGAUUCAACGCCGGAGUUUCUCACUCUCAACCAUAUUCCGCUUAGUCCUGAUACGUUCUUGGAAGUUAAUGGUUCCAGAAGUAGUAUGUAUUCUGAUGGUGUCUUGUCUCUUCUUAGGAGAGAUCGAGUGGAUAAAAAAUCAGAAGAGGCUACAUUUAUUAGCACAGACAGUAUCAGAACUACAGGGAGUGUGAAAUUUGAGGUAUUUGAUGGAGAGGAUCUCGUUCUAUCUGGGGUUUUGGAAAUGUCCAAUAGUAAUGGUUUCACUGGGGAAUCAAAAAGCAUCGUGAAAGGGUGGAAGAUGAACUGUGAAUCUCAUAUAACCCUUGGUACUGGCUUCUUGAAAGGAAAAUACAAUGGUGGUCCUGAGUUACCCCUACCAACCAUUGAGGUUUAUGUUGCAGGUUCCUUCUCAGGGACACCUAUCAUAUUAACCAAGACUUUGCAACUUAGUUAUCGCAAGAAGCAUAAUAGGAAGGGCAUGUUGGACUCAAUUCCAGAGUACGAGACUACUGAAUCCACAAAAAAUGUGUCACCGGAACAUGAUUUGGAGGUAGUUGACAACGGAAGUUACAAAUUAGAAAAUGAAGAAGAUUAUAGUAACGUGUACUGGAGGAAGGAAUAUAUGGACGGUGAAGAUGGAGAACUUUCAUGGUUUAAUGCUGGUGUCAGGGUUGGUGUGGGACUUGGGCUUGGCAUUUGUCUUGGGAUCGGUGUAGGUGUUGGUUUGCUGGUUCGCACUUACAAAGCGACCACUCGUAACUUCAAGAAACGGCUUGUGUGA